AUGGAUGCGUGCCACAUACUAUUGGGGAGACCUUGGCAAUUUGAUCGCAAGGCCACACAUGACGGAUACAAAAAUACAUAUACCUUCAUCAAAGAUGGUGCGAAGGUUAUUUUAGGCCCCUCCCAAUCCGAAUUUAAUGUCAAAUCCACGAAAAUUGGUGCUGGAAGCUUUCUAACCAAAGGAGAAUUCCUAAAAGAAGCGGAGGAGAGUGGCGAUAUGUACAUGUUGAUGGUGAAAGAGUCAAAUCCAGAUGAGCUUAAUUUUCCUAAAGAAUUAACACCUCUCUUGCAGGAAUUCAAUGAUGUUAUUCCUGAAGAAUUACCCGCUGGGCUACCUCCUAUGCGAGAUAUCCAGCAUUGCAUAGAUUUGAUUCCAGGUUCAACUCUCCCAAAUAAAGCUCAUUAUCGGAUGAGCCCAUUAGAGUACGAGGAGCUAAAUAGGCAAGUGACAGAAUUGUUGAAGAAAGGGGUUAUCCGAGAGAGCAUGAGCCCGUGUGCAGUACCUGCAUUGCUUGCGCCCAAAAAAGAUGGGGACUUGGCGUAUGUGCGUCGACAGUCGGGCAAUAAAUAA